AUGGAUGCCGGUGAAAGAUCGUCGACAGAUGCCUCCGGUCCACCUGAUUCGACUGGUCAAAUGCUCUCGUCUCGUUUAUGCCAACUACAUAGCAUCCAAGAAGCACGAAUAGCUUUGAAAUAUCUAUUCAGACAAGCAUCGUCAUCUGAAGUUUCUAAGAUUAAUUUAGAAACUCAAAUAUGUGAAUUGGAAUCCCAACUGAAUGCAGAGAAACGAAAAUCUGAGGAGAAUUCAAAAUCUGAUGCAGAUUCACAUAAACGUCGAUGUAAAUUCCGAGGAACAUGUCAAGCACGAUGUAGUUGUAGACGUUCUGGUCGUCCGUGUGUCCCAUCACAUUGUCACUGUGUAUUAGGUCUACGCAAAAAUCGUUCAGAUUCAUCAUCGCAAAACAGUCAAAUAGUCAGUUCAGUCGAAAAUCCUGCAACUGUUAUGGGACCACCAUCUGGAUUUCCCGUUAUAUUACGUCCCAAACGUAAAACUCGUGCACUACAAAUUUGA